AUGAAAUUGAGCAACUUAUUUUACGUUUUUGCCCUCCUCAUCAGCAUGAACGUUUUCGUUCCAGGAUUUAUGAACGUAUUAGGGAAAAAUGUUAAUGUUGAUAGCAUAGUCAUGAGUAAAAUUGACGAGAUGCAAAAGAAAAAACAACAACAAAAAAUAAUAAUGAUAUCUACUGUUGUUACUGGUCUUGCUUUACUCUUAGGUAGUGCUUUAGGUUUUGGUUAUCUUAGUAAAUCUAAUAAAAAACCAGAAGUAUCAGGUGACGAAAAAGAUGAAAGCAAAAAAGUAGAUGCAGGAAAAAAUAACAAAGAAUCCAAAGCUGAUAAAUCUGAAGAAAAAUUACACAAAUCAGAUGAUAGAGAAAGUAAAUCAUCUUCAUCAAAAUCUACAGCAGUACCCACUACUGUUUAA